AUGGCAACGGGGGCGAUGUCGGCGACCGCGCGCAGGCUGCGGCAUUUGCGAUUGACAUCGGUGCCCAAGGCUCAUGCGGAGAAGAUGAGCUUGCCAAUGGGUGAAUUGCCGCAGUUCACUGGGUUUGAGAUUGUCCUGCUGGGAACAGGUGCUGGCAUGCCUUCAACCCAACGCAGUGCUUCGUCCUUGUGUGUCCAAUUACCUGCGAAGAGUUGGCUCUUUGACUGUGGCGAAGGCACUCUUCGUCAGAUCUUUCGAAGCACCGUGCGUGUGACAACGACAGAGAAGAUUUUUCUCACACAUGUCCAUGGGGACCACCUAUUCGGGCUGCCUGGCAUGCUGUGCACGCUGAACGCGUUGAAUGCAGGGAACAUUGAUCCUUCGACGAAGCAGGUUGUCCGACGCCCCAUCGACGUAUAUGGUCCGCCUGGAGUGUUUGACUUUGUCAACAUGGCAUUGACCGUGUCAUGCGCUCACCUGGGCAACGUAUCGAUCACCGUCCACGAACUGGUGCCAUGUGACUUCGAUUCGACGCCACCGUCCGGCGUCCGUUUGCAUGAGGACCUCAAGCGCGCCGUCAUUCGACCUGAACACGUCGAUGGGUCGCUUGUGUGGCGUGUACUGGACGAUGGCGACCACACUGUCGCGGCAGGGCCUUUGGCGCAUAGCGUGACCAGUGUAGGAUAUGUCGUGGAAGAGAAACCACGACCGGGGCGGAUAGAUGUCGCCGCCGCCACGCGCCGCGGACUUCCGCCAGGCCGGCUCUACAAGCUGCUCAAAGCCGGCGAAAGCGUCCACCUGCCAGAUGGGACUGUGCUUCAUCCUGAUGAAGUCAUGGGGCCUCCCCGUCGUGGUCGGAAAGCUGCGAUCAUGGGAGACACGGCCAACUCGUCGGGAAUGUAUACGUUGGCUCAAAAUGCAGACGUGCUGGUGCAUGAAGCUACGUUGGCACACGGGAAUGGAGCCAUUGCAUUACAACGAGGUCACUCGACGAGCGCGAUGGCGGGGUACUUUGCACGCCACAUGAAUCCAACGCUCUUGAUCCAAGCUCUGUCCAGCAGCUCGUGGACGAAGCCCGUGUGA